CACAAACAACAUACAUAUAUAUAUUUAUAUGGCAUGGUCAAUCAAGGCAUGACCAAACAAAAAGCUCAAAUACCACAAUCAUGGCAACCACCUUGGCCCUCUCUUCUACACCCACCAUCAAACUCCCACUUCAAUCCUUCUCAUCACUACUCUCUCCUCUUCCUCACUCAGCAAUUUCACCAAAGAAGAGAGCAAAUCGUUUCAAAAUCCAUGCAGAACUAGGUAGUGGAGAUGAAGAUAUCAAGAAAGGAGGAAAGAAGAAAUUUAUAACUAGAGAACAAGAGCCUGAACAGUAUUGGCAAACAGCAGGAGAAAGAGAAGGAGAAAAUCCUAUGAAAACCCCACUUCCUUAUAUUAUCAUAUUUGGUAUGUCAACUCCUUUUGUAAUCUUAGCCAUUGGUUUUGCUAAUGGUUGGAUUAAGGUACCUAUUAGAUGAUUUAGUUAGAAUUGAGGCACCAAAAAUAUCAGCAGAGCCAUCAUGAUCAUGAGUUUUUCUAAUUAUGUAUGUAUGUGUUUCUUGUAUACGAAUGAAUCAAUACAUUAUUCUUAAUGUAUUAUCUUGUGGUUUGUCUAUAAAUUUAGAAUAGAUAUUUGGGCUUUACUA